GGGCGCUACAUUCGCGGCUUGGGUUAAGAGCGGAUAGGGAUAUGAGCUUAGCUCUUGGGAUUAGCCAGUUCGGAGCGAAGACGCAGCUUUGAGUUGGCUGCCCCAAGAGUAAGACAGGAUGUCGUCGACUCCAACGGCGUCCAGCGGGCCCCACCUGCCGCUGCAGAGCCUGCCGCAGCAGCAGAGCAGCUGGACGGACGACCUGCCCGUCUGCAACAACUCUGGCGUUGGUUACGAAACGAACAAGGCGUACCGGCGUGACGGUUACCGGACCCAGGAGCACACACAGGAGGACUACAGCUUCCACUUUGAGCUGGACACCGACCUCUGCCUGUACGGCGUGUUCGACGGCCAUGAUGGGUCGCGCGCUGCCCACUUCGCCCAGCAGCGAAUGCCAGCGGAGCUGAGCUUCGGCCAGCUGACCCGGCGCGGCAGCUCGGACGAGAGCGUGUGCGUGGCGCUGCAGCAGGCGUUCCUGGCCGUCGAGAAGGGCUUCUUCGAGAUGAUCGACGAGGCGCUGGCCCAGCGCGCCAUGCUGCUCUCCGAGAUACCGGCGGGCCUGACCGAGUUCGAGGCGAACCGGGAUCAUCCGGCGGCGAUGCAGAAGCUGACCCAGCUCAACUCUCGGAUCAGCGGCGGCACCACGGCCGUCGUGGUGGUGGUCCACCAGAACCGGCUGUACGUGUCCAACGUGGGGGACUCGCGCGCUCUGCUCUGCAAGACGGACGAGAACGGCAUUCUGAAGGUACUGCAGCUGACCACUGACCAUACGCUGACCAACGAGGACGAGCUGUUGCGUCUGCAGCAGCUCGGCAUGGACGUGACGCCGCUCAGACAAGGCGAGACGCUGGCCGGCCAGGAGGUGACGCGCUGCCUGGGCAACUACCGGGUGAAGGGCGGCUACCGCGAGGACGAGCGCCUGCGCGCCUGCUGCGCCGAGCCGGCGCUGGCCGAGCCCGACUUCGUCAGCGUGCAGCUGGACGAGUCGUGCCGCUUCCUGCUGCUGCUCUCGCGCGGCCUCUACCGCGCCCUGGAGGAGGUGCGCGACGAGCCGCAGGUCAACAAGGAGGUGGCCCAGCUGGUAGUGGAGGAGUUCGCCAAGUCGACCACGCUGGCGGGCGUGGCGCAGACGGUCGUGAACCGCGUGGCGCGCGACCACCAGGACUGCUUCAUCAACUCCGGCAACAAGCGGUGCCAGCGCUGCGAGGACAUGACGCUGCUGGUGCGCAACUUCAGCUACCCGCUGCGGUCGUCCGGCGGCGCCAGCACCCGCAUCAAGCCCUACAUCUCGUUCGACGGGUACCGUGAGAACCUGCAGAAGGCGAAGGAGCGUGGCGAGUUCACCGACGAAACGUGGUGGAAGCGCCUGCUGAACAUGUAG